AUGGCUACAUUAGCUAGGAGAAUUAAGCAAGUUUCGAAAUUGCAACUUAGAUCUUCCGAAUUAAUCUGCGUUCGCUAUCGUUCCAACAGCAGAUGGUCAAAAAAUGAUCAGCCUACUGGCAGCUCCGUCGGAAAUACUCUUAGUAGAGAAGUUCGGAAAUCAUGUGCCUGGCAGUUCUAUUCUACUUUGGCUCAAUCUGUUGAAGAGCGGAUUGUAGUACCACAAAUGGGUGAUUCCAUCACCGAGGGUACGUUAGAGAAGUUCUUGAAGUUUCCGGGAGAUAAAAUACAGGUCGACGAAGUUGUCGCCUUAAUUGAAACAGAUAAAGUUACGCUGGAUGUGCGCUCCACGAAUUCUGGUCAAAUCAGAGAGCUGAAAGUGUCAGAAGGCGAAUCAGUGGUUGUUGGACAAGAAAUUAUGUCUUAUGUUCCAUGCUUGGUCGAUGAUAUCGUGAAAAAACCUCGUCCUGAAAGUAACGCAGAUGACGACGAUCAUGUAAAUAUUUCUGUUGUUGUCCCAACGAUGGGUGAUAGUGUUUCUGAAGGGGUAAUUGUAGCUUUAAGCUCUAAACCCGGGAAGCAUGUGAAAAAGGACGAGUUGAUAGCGCAAAUAGAAACUGAUAAAGUCACAAUUGACGUUCGCUCUCCAGAUGAUGGUCUUUUUGUAAAGUAUACCGUGCAAGAAGGUGAAGCUGUGUGUGCUGGGGACAUGAUAGCUCAAAUACUACCAGAGUCAGGAAUAUCUGAGGUCCAGAUUAAAGGUGAAGUCAGUUCCGAGAGUUCUUCGUCUAUUUCUGUUCCUUCUACUUCUACGCUUAAAUCAAGCCAGUCAGAGUCCCGAGGUGAAAGCAGAGUGAAAAUGAGUCGUUUACGAAUGCGAGUCAGUGAACGUUUAAAGUCUGCUCAGAACACGUAUGCCAUGUUAACCACAUUCAAUGAAAUCGAUAUGACUAAUGUUAUAAACAUGAGAAAAAGAUAUAAAGAUCAAUUCCAGGCUAAAUAUGGGGAUAAACUUGGAUUUAUGAGUACAUUCGUAGCAGCGAGUGCAAGAGCAUUACGGGAAGAAAAAAGCGUGAACGCAGUAAUAGAGAAUGAUGAGAUAGUCUUCAAAAAUUUCGUUGACAUUUCCGUGGCAGUCAGUUCUCCAAAGGGCCUAGUUGUUCCGGUUCUACGUUCAGCUGAUAAAAUGACUUUUGCACAAAUUGAGUUUGAGAUUAGUAGAUAUGCAAAGAAAGCUAAUGAUGGCACUUUAUCAAUAGAUGAGAUGACUGGUGGGACAUUUACAAUUUCAAAUGGUGGAACUUUUGGUUCGCUUUCAGGAACUCCAAUUAUUAACCCACCUCAAAGUGCAAUUUUGGGCAUGCAUUCUAUCGUUCACCGUCCUAUCUGCAUAGGUCCGCAGAAUCUGAUUGUAGCCAGACCCAUGAUGAAUGUCGCUCUAACAUAUGAUCAUCGAUUAAUUGACGGAAGAGAAGCUGUUUCGUUCCUGAGAAUAAUCAAGAAGAAUGUCGAAGAUCCGCUUCGUAUGUUGACAGAACUUUAG